AUUCUCUUUUUUUUUUCUGGUUGGUUGCAAUUUUUAUGGGCUUAUCACUUAGCGGAAUCUUCUCAUUCAGUUUGGUAGAAAUGCAGGGUUAGCUGUUGCGCCUUGUUUAAUUUUAAAGAUGGCAGAAAGCGUGAAUGUAGUGGAUUGUGAUCUUCGGCGCGGCUCUGAAAUUCUGCAUUUAGAGGACGAGGAGCCACUGAAAGAGCUCGAUGAGAAAACUGCUGAUGAUCAGCAGGUGUUGGUGAUUAAAGAGGAGAGUCUCUUUGAGAGGAGCUCCAGUGACGAAGAGCAGGACCCAGAGAUCUUCCUCAUAAAGAAGGAAAAGGAGGAACUCUGGACCAAUCAGGAGGGAGAGCAGCUUAACACAGAGGAGGAUUGCGACAGCUUCCCCUUGAAUAUUAUUGUGAAAAGUGAAGAUGAAGAUGAAGAAGAAGAAGAAGAAUAUCAGUCUUCACAUAUUUAUCGUGGGCAAACUGAACCAGUCAAAGAGACAAGCUGCAAAUCAGUUCAGUUUAUAAAAACAGAACCUGACGAUGAGGACGGUUUCGGAGCAGAAUCCACAAGAAAGCUGCGUAUAAAAAGUUUCCUUCAUAUUAAAACUGCUGGAAAAGCUUCCGACUCCUCUGAGACUGAAGUCAGUGAUGAAGAUGAUCAGUGGCAGGAACCACUGCCAGAUUUUAGAGCAGAAGUUGAUUCAAAUAAGAGCAGAAAACCUGGGUCAGGCGACCCGGCCAAGGCUCUGUACAGCUGCUUCGAGUGCGAUAAGCGGUAUUUCUACAAACAAUCCCUCCAUAGACACAUGAAGUGUCAUUCCUCUAGUUCUGGUAACGCAAGCCGCCCCAGCGAGCAGGAAACCACAGAUUCAGACGCAGCAGUGGCGAAGAAAGAGAAAGUGUUCAUUUGUGACGUCUGCGGGCAUGGAUUCAAUCAGAGGACAAACCUCACCACGCACAAGAGAGUGCACACAGGGGAGAAACCGUUCAAGUGUGACGUCUGUGGGAAAAGGUUCAACCAGAGAGGGAAUCUGCGCAACCACAGGCGAAUCCACACUGGGGAGAGGCCAUUCAUAUGCGACUUCUGUGGCGAGAGAUUCAGGAAUCAAGGGAUUCUGCAGGCGCACAUGAGGGUCCACACUGGAGAAAAGCCUUUUGUCUGCGGCGUCUGCGGAAGGAAAUUUUCCCGCAAGACUCAUUUUGAGACGCACAUGAGAGUCCACACUGGAGAAAGGCCGUUUAGCUGCGGUAUCUGUGGCAAAGAUUUUCGCCAUAAGCUGCAUUACCAGGAGCACACCAGGGUUCACACAGGGGAGCUGCCGUUUCCUUGCGAGGUCUGUGGGAAGAAAUUUCGGCUUCAGUGUAAUUUAAAAAGACACCUCCGAGUUCACACAGGAGAGAAGCCCUUUAGCUGCGACGAAUGCGGAAAGACGUUCAGCUGCAAAUCUCAUCUGAAGCGACACAUAAAGGUCCACACUGGAGACCGGCCGUUCUCCUGCGAGAUUUGUGGAGAUACAUUUGCAGAACCAGGAGCCGUGAGGAGCCACAUGCUGGUCCACACAGGGGAGAAGCCGUAUGAGUGCGACGUCUGUGGGAAAACCUUCAGGCAAAAGAGCACGUUAACAAGACACAAAGUGGUUCACACAGGAGAGAAACCGUACUCCUGUGCUCUGUGUGGCGCAAGAUUCACACAGCAGUGUAAUUUGAAGACCCACAUGAGACUCCACACGAGAUGACUUUCUUUAAUCUUUAAUAUGCUUAUAAAUAGAGAUUCCUGCACUGUUCGUGUAUGUUUGCAGUGAUGAUACCCUGAGUAAUCACAUGAUGUUUCCAGAAUAGAAUAAUCACAUCUGGAAAUGUUAUUCUACUUUAUUUCUAUUGUCUGUAAUUUGACUGGGACAUGAUUUUCAUGCUUGCCAACUCUCCCAAUUUACGUGGGAGACUCGUGAUUUUUAAUGUUAUGUCUCGCUGAGGUUCCAAUUAGUAGUUUCUGCAAAUGUCCCAAUUUUUGAGUGUAAGAAAAGCGUAUUUGUGGACGCGGGGUACACAUGGGACAUGUCCCCCGCACAGUUUUUCAGUCUGUACAACAGUUAAACUAUUGUUAAUAAGCAUUAACUUCUUUUUCGGAGCUGUCUUUGAACGCACCGUGAGCAUACACAGGAAGUUCGACACAGAAGUGAUUCUGAGUAGUGCUGAAAGUCAGCAUCAGAAUGUUUAUCAAACCCACAGCAAGAAAAAAACACUUUGAAAAGUUUCUUUUCAAACAAACUGUGUACGUACUUUAUUUAACUUUGUCUGCAAAUUAGACUAGUUAAAUGCUAAGGUAUUAAUAUGUUAAGCUAGUUCACAUUAAUUUCAAAGGUCGCUACCUCUGUGACAUUACUUGGUGUUUUAUAUUUUUUGGAAUAAACCCAAUCGUCUUUCUUUUCUGGGCAGACUUUGUGCUCACAAUUGCUUUCCACAUAUUUAAAAUAUGUAUUUUGGUCACAGUAGUGAGAGGAGAGUUAAGAGAUUAAAACAAAAAAUCUAUGGCAUAGAAGUGACUUUGAGAUAAAUUGCCAAAGCAAUUUUUUUUUUUUACCAUUUCUCUUUGUAAUUCUCUAAGUUUGGUUUCCACAUUUGAAUUCUGUAUUUCCAUACAAGAAAGAGCAAAGUCAGGAAAGAGAUGGACCGGAUGCCAGCUGCAGGAAGAAGGAUGUAGGGUCUAUAAGGAGAGAACUUCCUGACAAAAUCUGUUGCAGGGAUAAACCAGGCGGGCAUUUGGAAAAGUUGAACAAUAAAAAAAUUGAAGGCAACAAGAAACUGUUAUCAAAUUAAACAGUUUGUGAAGUUUUUUUUUAUUGCAUGCAUAUGAGGCUCAGUAGCUGUGGCCAAUUUUCUUCAUGGAAACAGUUAAUGAAUCCUUUAGAUGGUGGCAAUCAGUGAUGCUGACUUUUUAAUUUGAUCUGCCAUAAUGCAUACCAAAUGCAUUGCAGUGUUACUGCUUUAUUUUUUAGCCUUAUUGUUGUCAUUUAAACAAUUAUUUUCCUUUAAAAGCCAUUAUUGAAUGUCAAAGAUACAUUUUCAAAAUAAGGUUUCUUCACAAGGUUUAAGAUACGAGGCACAAAAUGACAAUGAUCCUGUGGGCUGAUACACCGAUGGAAUAAAAAGCUCAGUUUUUCACUGUUGGCAAGUAUGGAUUUUCCAAAAUAUUGAUAAACUCACAAAUAAUCAGCUGAUUGAUUUAUAUAACUCAUCUGAAUGCAGUUAUAGAAAGUAGUCAUUUAGAAAAGACCUCAGAGUGAUGUGAAAAAAAUGUAACUGCUUAUAAACUUAAUGCUUUGGUAACAGUUUACCUUUCACACAUUUAUUUCUACUGCAGAUGUUUUAAUGUGAAUAGUUUUGUGUCGGUGUAGCUGUGUGGUGUCUUUAUUAUAGGUGGCUUUGUUUUUUGUAGGUUUUGAUUUAUAAAGAGUGAAAGCAGAGAUUUUCAACAUGUCACUACGCCUUAGUGACACUGCCAGAUUUGGGGGUCUUAUGGGUGGGGUCUGUAGAGGGAAGAUGAUAUUAUCCCUACCGAUAUUGGCAUGGCAACGGGAUUCUUGCUUGUCUGUCUCCAACCUUUUGGGGGUCCCUGGCAGAAAGACUUUGAAGGCUGCUGUAUUUAAGGUUUGGGUUUUUAUUUUGUUACUUUAAUAAAGGUUUAAAAUACCGAAGGGAGAAAAAAAAUCAUUUUUUCAGCCAUUUGUUCAAGCUAAAAUCAUAGUUUCAGUGAAGCUGGUUUGUCUUUAAAUAUUUGGAACAAACUGGGACUGUAUGAUAGGCUGGUCCUGACAUAGAUGUUUAUAAAUCCUAGGUUUGAGCUAUAAAUGGCUAAAAUAAACACAACUGCAUGGAAAGUGAGUUGAAAAACAAACGGAAG